CAUCUCUAACAAAGCUAAGUUGGCUGCAGCUGCUGAUUUUUUGUUUACUUUUUUUGCCGGCAAAUCGAAAUUGAUAUUUUCGGUUUGUGCCAUGAAUCUGUUCGAGGAGCUGGACACCCUGGACCCCGGCUCCAAGCUGGUGCCGCCCCGCAUUGAGACCCCCACAGCGCACAAGGUCACGGUGUUGAUACUGCUCAAGCAAUAUGUGGUGAACAAAAAGUCCUGCCUGGACACGGGCAUAUCCAUGCGCACCCAGCGACGCCGCAUGUUUUACAUGCUGGUCUUUAAGCUCGUCCAGGAGGCGGACAUGUCCUACAACGAGCUGCACACUUUGCUGACCACCGGUCGCUAUCGACUCGACGCCCUGAUGCUGGAGGCCUUCGAGAAGGCCAUGUCCGAGUUCUGUGCGGGCAGCAUCGAGUCUUUGUUUGACUUCACCGAAAUCCAGAACAUCGACGAGAUCCUCAACGAGAACUACGGCAUCAGCCAGUUCAGCAUGGUCGGGAUCUACGUGCGCCGUGUGGGCGUUGUCCUGGAGCGCCUCAGCUUCGCCGAGAUGAUGGACAUGUACAAGAAUAUCUGUUCGUACUACGAGAGAGGAAUUCGGGCCUUGGCCGCAGGUCCGCGAAAGGCUAUGGCUGGUGGUAUCCUACGCAGAGAGGAAACGCCGCCUCCUGCGGUGGUAAUUGUCGAAGAGACGCCGGGAAAAGAGACUCUGCACACCAAGAAAAAGGACAAGGAGCAGCUGGUUAUAUCUCGGUGUGGAGUGGAGGAGCGCAACCCUUUGAGCAAGUGGGCGCCCAAGCAGGCCAAGUUCUUCAUCAACAAGCAGUCGGAGCUGCUGGAGAGCAACGAGCGGAAGGCUUUGUCGCCUUUGGAGCUGCAAAAGAAGGUGCAGGAGAUCAUACACGAUCUGCCGCUGGCCACCACACCCUACUUCCUGGGCUACAUGAAUCAGCUGCGGGUCAGGGACUACUCGAACGCCUUGUCCGCCCUCCACAGAGCCCUGGACCGCAGUCCCGUGCGGCUGAUGAGCCAGGAGAAGGGCUACCAGUACUUUUGCGUGAACCUGGCCGUGCUGCAUGCCACCUUUGGGCAUAAGAAGGAAGCGCUGGCCGCGCUCAGGGAGAGCAUAAUGCUGGCCCAGGAGCACGGCGACAAGCGAAGCCUGAAUUUGGCCAAUACCUGGCACAGUCUGCUGAGGGAUGAGCUGCCUCUGUCUGCGGUCUUAAAAAGCGUACAGGAGGCCAGCGACGUUAAUGGUUCCCUGCUGCAAAACUACACUUUGGCCCUGCACUUUGCCGUUAAGCUGGGCACCGUGGCUGGCUAUCAGCCGCUGCGUCUCUUCGAUCUCCUGCAGCACAGCGACAAUCUCACCAAUCGCAACAACUUGGCGGAGCAUGCUUCCGAGGCUUUGUCUUUGAGGAGCGCUGUGUGGUGCGCCUACGGCAGACACGAACUGGCUGCUCUUUACUCGCAGGUUUUGCUCACGACCCGGGAUCGCUUUGGCAAUGGCUCCGCCGGCCUGGGCAGCGCCUUGGCCAGCUAUGCUCUGUGGCUGCAGCUGCAGGGAGAGCAUAAACUGGCCAAGGUUCUGCUGCAUCGGGCCAAGGAGCGCUUCCCUCGAUUGCCCGGUGCCGAGGGCUGGAUGAUUAGCCAGUGCCAUGUGGUAAUCCAGGCCGGAAUCUACCAGUGCCGCUGGCAUGACGCCCUCAAGGCCUGCGAUCAGCUCUACUUGCUGGAUCCCUCGGAUGCGAUUAUGCAGCGUGCCUCCAUUUACGUGGCAAAGCGGGAGUUCUUCAAUGCGCGACGGCUCCUGGACAAGCUGGCUUCUCAGGAGGAUUUGCCUUUUCUCUUAAGGAUGCGGGUCCAAGUCUUGCUUGGCUACUGCGGCAUGGCCGAGGGACGCUUCUCGAGCGAGACCACUUUAAUUUUGCUGAGGGUAGCCGAGAGCAUGGCCGAUUCCCAGAUGGACUACGAGCAGGCCUUGGUGGACCUGUUGCUGGCCCAGCAAUUGCUGCUCCUGGGCAUGCCCCAGAAGGCCUAUCAGGCCAUCAAGCGCUGCAUGCACGACAUACACAUCAACGGGGGACUUUAUGAGCGUGCCAAGACGGACUUUGUCUUUGUUCGCUGCCUCCUGGCCAUUAGUCCCCCUAAUAAUGUGGAGGUAAGAAAGGCGCAGCUGCUCAAGUCCCUGGAGAUCCUGGAGCGUGCAGCCAAGUCCUUCAAGAAUCUCUCGGCACAUGCAAAGGUCCUGGAUGUGUAUGUGUUUUUGGCGCAGCGUUUUAACGAGUUUGGGGAGCGGAAUUUGAGGAACAAAUAUGCAGGAGAGUUCCGCCGGUACUUCACGGAUCAUCCGAUUCCCAGGGAAUAUUUAGGAAGUCCUUAGGUGACCUUAACUUCCUAAUAAAUGUAGUAUUAAAUGAGAGUUUAAGCAAAGCUGAA